GGUUGACUUGGUCAAAUUUUGCUGCCUUUCACUUGAAAAUCCAGUCAUCUCAAUUCCACUCCCACCACCACCAUUAAGAAAUUUGCAAGUUCCAACCUUUUUCCAAGUCAAACUGAAACUGCUCCAUUUCCUCUCUCCUUCAAUACCACCCACGCGUUUCACCAAUUCAUCAUACCAAAUAUUCCUCCUUUUUCUUUCCUUUUCCGUCUUCUAUUCCCAAAGCUGAUUUUACUCCCUUUCAUUUCAAGUACAAAUAGCAACAAAGCUGUGAACUUUCUGCAAUUUCUGGUUCUUUUUGCUGGUAUCAAACCCUAAAAAUUUACAAAGUGGGUUUUGAAAUGGUGGGGUUCAAAGCUUCAUGUAUGAAUUCGAUGAUUUGGGUGUUUUUUUCUUUGAUUUUGGUGAAUUGGGUAUCUGGGAAUUCUGAAGGAGAUGCUCUUUUUGCUUUGAGGAAGAGUUUGAAGGAUCCGGAUAAUGUUCUUGAAAGCUGGGAUCCGAAUCUUGUUAGCCCUUGUACUUGGUUUCACAUCACCUGCAACUCUGAUAAUCAUGUCACCCGAGUAGAUCUUGGCAAUUCAAACCUCUCUGGAAACCUAGUGCCUGAUCUCGGAAAGCUUGAAAAUCUCCAGUAUCUAGAACUGUACAAGAAUAAUAUUCAAGGGACCAUUCCCGCUGAGCUUGGAAAUCUGAAGAGCCUAAUUAGCUUGGAUUUAUAUAACAACAAUAUAUCAGGAAACAUUCCUGCGGAACUGGGAAAUCUAAAAUCCCUUGUAUUCUUGCGACUGAACAAUAACCAAUUAACUGGUCAUAUCCCGAGGGAGCUGGCUAAGAUUUCCAGCUUGAAAGUUGUAGAUGUUUCCAACAACCAUUUAUGCGGAACAAUUCCAACAUCUGGGCCUUUUGAGCACAUUCCUUUGGAGAACUUUGAGAACAACGCUCGUUUGGAAGGUCCUGAGUUGGUCGGACUUGCAAGUUACGACACAAACUGUGUUUGAAAGACUGGUUUGCUUCUCGUCAUACAGUCGCAUGAGUAGUUUCAUGCUUGUAGUUACAUAUGUAAUGUAAGGUGGUGAUAAGUCGAAUACUUGGGUUAUACAAAGUGCAAAGCUGUUUGUAGUAAUUUUAUAUGAAUGGGAAGAUUAUAUGACGGUCAAAACGUGAUUGUUAACAAAGUUAACUAAAAAUAGCAUAUAUGUCCUGCUAUUAGACCUACAUUUUCCAGAUAAUGUUAUUUUAGCCGUUUGAAA